AUGUUUUUGCACGCCGAGGCUUUCAGUUCUACCUCGGAUUCUCAGCUCAGUUGCACAUGUGCCUCGCUGAAAGAAUGGGCCGAUGAGUGGGACAACCAUGCAGAUUCGGGCAACUGGCACUCACUUCUUGACGAUUGGUGCGGGAAGCUCUCAAACAAAGAUGAUGAGAGCUCGAAGCAGUCCGAGGCAAACGGGUACACCAGCCAGAGGUGGAAGCAUCUGGAGAAGCUUCACCAGAUUUGGCAGGCCGAAGGGUUCUCGCAGUCCAUCCCCACGAUACUGAACCAGAUCAGUCCGGGGUUGUCAACUAAGUUCCUGAAGUCGUUGUGCGUGCGCGUUCCACACGACGCGAUUCCUGUCAGGCUGUACCAAUUUGCAAAUAUUGCUUGCCCGGUGAGUGUCGUUUCAGGGCGCCUUGACCAGGGCAUCACAGAUGGUGUCUGUUUGCUCAUCGAGCUUGUGACUGUCAUGGCGCCCGUGAUUGGCAGGUGCGGAGAUCCUCUGUUGAGGCCACGUCUGUUCUUCAUCAAAGCAGAAACGCUGUUCUGUUAUGUUGUCGAGUUGUGGUCGAUCUGGUUUGCGAUUUCCCUUUGGACGACAGACAACUACAUCUGUAAUCGCCCGUUUCACCUGUCCAUGCUCAUCUUUGUGAAGUGGUUCCAGUUCAUGUUGUCAUGCCUGAACUUUUCGUUUUUGAUCGAGCACCUGCUGCCUGCAUGGGUAGCAAUGACCAGCCGCCAGUCGCUAUUUUUUUUAGCCUACCUCGUCCUGACGGCCGCGGGGACUACGAUGGCGUACUACGCAUUACCAAUCAAUGAACCAACAGCAGACAAAACCAACGGCCCUUUUUUGGAGUGGCUCGCCGCCUUCGUGCGGACAUUCCGCCUGGAUUUCCUUGCCGAUUUUGACGACAAAGAUUUAGAAGGUGUGCGUCAGAAGGUCAACGGAACAGAUCAGCUGAUUAUUGACGUGGCGAACGACCAGGCUGCAUCCUUUCACUGGGCCUUGAAGUUUUUUACUCUCGCCUGCGGCCUCUUUUUUCCGAUUAUAGCUCUGAACUUGUACGUUAGUCUGCUCGGGGCGGUCUACCAGGAUGCCCUCCAGCACGAUUGCCACCUCAAGGGCACUUUCCAGAUGAACUCAAGCAGCAGGCUUCUGGUCCAGCGCCAUUUCUGGAGGAAGGUGUGCUGCGGAAUCUUCGACAGGUGCGGGGGCAUCUUCAGCCUGACCUACUUCGAGAGAUUCAGCCACGCCUGCGUAGAGAGAGAGGGCAAAAAACACGAGGGCUUCUGGAUCGUCGUUUCAGAGGAGUCGCUGGACGAGAUGUACCAGGAGGGCGAGGAGGACCUGCCCGCCGCGCACGCGGGGGAGCCGCCCUCGAGGUACUCCAGGAUUACCGCUUCGUCCGCUUGGUUGCGGCGUAUAUCCAAAAGGGCCUCUUGGGAGGCAAGGGAAGCAUCCACUGAGACAAGGCAGGCCGCCGAGAGCAUGCAGGAGAUGAGAGGCUUGCUCGAGAAAGUCAGCACCAGGCUCGACGCACUGAACGUUUCAAGGAUCGAGGAGAGGCUCGAAGAGCUGAGAUCAGAAGUCAAGGAACUAAGAGGGGCAAUCGAUGAGGCGAGCAGCCAGCCUAAGAAGCCUUCUGCGCUUUGUUUUAGAGGCGGCGCGGUUUCUGCUUGA